GCGCCGUCUGGAAGGCGGUGCAACCAUCCGUUGCCCCCAGAGAGGAUUGCGCACGUCGACGGGGCCCAAACGCCUGGAUUUGAGACGGGGAGUGUGGGAAGAGAAGGCCAGGAGAGCGACCUGAUCGUUACCAGCGCAAUCCCCUGGGGACAGGAAGAAGGGGACCUGAGACCUGAUCUGGUACUCCUGAUGAGACCCACUGUGCUGGGUUCCCCAGGCCGUGCACCCCCAGAAAAUGAGCCUGUUGUGGUGAAGCUGGAGGACACUGAGGAGGAGGAAGAAGGCAGUCUGUGGGACCCGGGCCCUGAGGCUGCACGUCUACGCUUCCGGUGCUUCCAUUACGAGGAGGCAAUUGGCCCUAGGGAAGCCCUGGCCCAGCUCCGAGAGUUGUGUCGCCAGUGGCUCCGCCCAGAGGUACACUCCAAGGAACAGAUGCUGGAACUCUUGGUGUUGGAACAGUUUCUAGGUGCACUGCCUCCUGAGAUACAGGCCCAUGUGCAAGGGCAGUGGCCAGGCAGCCCUGAAGAGGCUGCUGCCUUGGUUGACAGACUUCGAUGGGAGCUGGAUGGACCUCGGAAAUGGGUCACAGUCCAGGUACAGGGAAAGGAGGUCCUAUCAGAAAAGAUGGAACCCUCCAGCUUCCAGCCUAUACCUCACAUCAAGCUCCAGACUCCAGAGCCUGGGGCUGAAACUCCCCCUAAGGCCAUGCAGGAACUGCCAGUGAACCUUCAAAUGAAAGAGGAGGAGACAGAAGUGAUGGAGAAUCCAGAACUCCUGGAUUCUGGGCCUCUUCCUGCUGCCCAAGAGGCUACAGCUGCCCUCCUACCUAAGGAGGCCCAGGGCCAUGGGACAGCACUGGACCAGACCUCUCCUCACAGCGACACUGAGCCUGAUGUGGCCCCAUGGAGUGAGGACCCUGUAGCCCUGUGGCAAGAGGAAGUAGGGGGCAUCUUCUCACCAGGGUUUGCGCUUCAGAUGGACACGGCAGAGCCAGAAACGGUGAGCCCCCACCUCCAUGUUCCCUGGGAUCUCGACAUGCCUAGCCUCUCUGGACAGAUGCAGUCCCCCUCCCGAGAAGGUGGCUUCGCCCAUGCCCUCGUGCUCCCCAGCAACCCGGGAGGUGAACAGGACCCUGUCUGUGAGAAUCCCUGCCCCGGUGUGGGCCCAGCACUGGUGGCGACUCGCAGGCAUGCCCCAAAGGGUCGGAGCCGGGGCCGCCCUAGUACCGGGACUGGAGCGGUGCGAGGCGGCCGCUGUGACGUGUGUGGCAAGGUUUUCAGUCAACGAAGCAAUCUGCUGCGGCACCAGAAGAUCCACACGGGCGAGCGACCGUUCGUGUGUGGCGAGUGCGGCCGCAGCUUCAGUCGCAGCUCUCACCUGCUGCGCCACCAGCUCACGCAUACCGAGGAACGGCCUUUCGUGUGCCGUGACUGUGGCCAGGGCUUCGUGCGCAGCGCGCGCCUGGAAGAGCACCGGCGAGUGCACACUGGUGAGCAGCCGUUCCGCUGCGCAGAGUGCGGCCAGAGCUUUCGGCAGCGCUCCAACCUACUACAGCACCAGCGCAUCCACGGUGACCCGCCCGGCCCAGCGCCACUCACCCUGCCCCUCCCGGGAGUUCCCGAGCCCCCGGGCCCCUUCCCGUGCAGCGAGUGCUGUGAGAGCUUCCCACGCCGUGCCGUGCUGUUAGAGCACCAGGCGGUGCACACUGGGGACAAGUCCUUUGGAUGCGUGGAGUGCGGCGAGCGCUUUGGCCGCCGCUCGGUGCUGCUGCAGCACCGGCGCGUGCACAGCGGCGAACGGCCCUUCGCCUGUGCCGAGUGCGGCCAGAGCUUCCGGCAGCGCUCCAACCUCACCCAGCACCGGCGUAUCCAUACCGGCGAGCGGCCCUUCGCCUGCGCCGAGUGUGGCAAAGCCUUCCGCCAACGGCCCACACUCACGCAGCACCUGCGUGUGCACACAGGCGAGAAGCCCUUCUCCUGCCCCGAGUGUGGCCAGCGCUUCAGCCAGCGACUCAAGCUCACGCGCCACCAGAGGACCCACACGGGCGAGAAGCCCUACCACUGCGGUGAGUGCGGCCUCGGCUUCACGCAGGUGUCCCGGCUCACUGAGCACCAGCGCAUCCACACAGGUGAGCGUCCUUUCGCUUGCCCCGAGUGCGGCCAGAGCUUCAGGCAGCAUGCCAACCUCACCCAGCACCGGCGCAUCCACACGGGCGAGCGGCCCUACUCGUGCCCCGAGUGUGGCAAAACCUUCCGCCAGCGGCCCACGCUCACGCAGCACCUGCGCACCCACCGGCACGAAAAGCCCUUCGCCUGCCAGGACUGUGGCCGCCGCUUCCACCAGAGCACCAAGCUCAUUCAGCACCAGCGUGUGCACAGCACUGAGUAGGUCAAAAACACCUCACACUGUUGUUGUGAGGCUAGCAUCAACAACAGACCCGCUGAGGGCCAGGUCUUCAGUAGGUACUCAAUAAAUAGAUGAUGCUUCCCCACCUGCACGAUUCUUCUACCCACCUUACGGCUGUUUCAGCUUGGACAUAUCCUCUGAGCCUUGGGCCUUCCGUAUACUUCCCAAGUAACCGUACCUACCACACCUGCUCUCUUGUGGGAUAUACUCUGUACCAUACCUCUGGCUUUUACAAUAGGUAUGCCCGGCCUCAGAUGGUGAAAAGUAGCCACACUCGCACAAAAAAAUUAACCAGGGUCUAGUCGAGAGAGCUACCUGGACGGUGGUGGCCCAUGCCUUUAAUCCCAGCAGUCUGGAGGCAAAAGCAGUUGGAUAUCUGUGAGUUCGAGGACAGUCUGGUUUACAAAGCGAGUUCCAGGACAGCCACAGCUAGAGCUGUUACCUAGAGAAACCUUGUCUCGAAAAAUAGAAACAACAAAAAACAAAAAGGAAAGAAAAAAAGGGGGAAAAAACGGGGAGGGGGCGGUUGGGGAGGUCCACCAUGACUGCUGGGUGACGACAAAGGGACAAAGGGUAGUCCAGCUGGAUGUGGUGGCACCCUAGCACUUCAGAGGAUGAGAAAGGACUACAGAGUUUUAGGCUAGUCUGGGCUACACAAUAAGAUGCUAUCUCAAAAGCACACACUGAGUGUGGUGGCACACGCCCAUACCCCAGCAGAUAGAGGGCAGAGGCAAAAGCACUGCCGUAAGUUCAACAGGUAGGUGAGAACAUGUCCAGAAAAAAAGAAGCCCAAAUACAACUAUACAAAUGUGGUGGUGUAAUGGUAACCGGCUUGUAAACAUUCCAGCUAUUGCAGGAGGCUGAGGCAGGUGGACUGCUAGCUAGUUUAAGGCCUGCUUAGCAUACAGACCUAUCUCAAAACAAAAACCCAGGGCUUAUGGGAUUGGGUGGCGUGGCUCAGUGGUAAAGCCACUUGUCAUCAAGCCUGAUGACCUGAGUUUGAUCCCUAAAACCACAUGUUGGAAGGCGACAACCAACUCCUGAAAGUUGUCCUCUGACCUGCACAAGCUGUGUGUAUGUGUUUUUCUGUUAUGUGUGCACACGUACACACACGGGUAAAGAAAUAAAUGGGGGAGAGCCUUUAAAAGAGGGCUAGGAAUGUAGUUUAUGAAUGGGUUGUUUGUCUAACAUGCACCAGGCCCUGGGAUCAAUGCCUUCUGCUUUAAAGACCAUUUUAUGAGUUGGAGAGAAAAACAAAUCUUGGUUGCAGCUGAGAAGAGAGAAAUGGACAGGAAAGAUAGGGAAAGAGGAAGACAGAAGCAUGCCAUUUGAGUCAGGGUCCCAGGAAGCAGGAAGGUUCAGCUGUGGUUGUCAGCAAUCAGCUGGAUGGGAGCAGCAGGGCUGGAAUUAUCGGAGAAGGUGAGAACGUCCAGAGUGAGAAGAUAAGCACACUUAGGACUUUAGCGAGUAUCCAAAGAGAGGGGGGAUAAGAAAAGUUAUGCUUUUUGAGCCAGAACUCAGAAAAGUGGGCAGGCUUAGCAGUGAAGAUCUCUGGCAGCUUCCUAGUGCUUUACAUUUUUAAGUAAUGAACUGUCAAGGAGGUAAAGCUUUGGGGGGAGGAGCCACUCAUUGCUCAUCCUGUGCCACGGUGAUUGAGAAUCCUAACGAGCUUCAGGGCCCUUCUCUCCAGAGAGCUAGAAGGCCUGACUCUAGGUAGUGUGUACACUACUACCACAAGGGCCUUGGCUGCCAGGUGAAGAGUCUGGCUGGUGAAGGGCCACAAGGCCACUCUGCUCAGCCCCUGUGGCACCCUGUUUCUCAGAGCAGCAGGUUGAAAGGCCUCUGUGGAGUCCCCACCCUACAGCGAUGCCCAGAGGCAGGAACUUGGAGACAGGAUCUCAUGGUGCCUCGAUACUCUCAGCACAUUCCAGAGCCUCCACAGGGAUUGCCCACCUCUUGUGUUCUCCAUCUUGCUAAGUCAAUACCAGCAACUCCCAUGACAUUGUUUCCCUGUGCCCAAACCCACUGUCCAUUCACUUUCCUAAGAGCACCCCACCCCGAACCCCUGAAACAGUCAUAAGCAGAAAGUCAAAGCUUUCUUCCCACCAGCAGGAUGGGCAGAGUGAACAUGGGAGGUGCCAUGAGAUAAACACCAGAUUGGGAGGUUUAAGCUGGAAACUCAAACAUUUCAGUAUUUUCUUGUCCUCAUGGGUUUGCAACUAACAGGUACUAAGAAGGAAUGAGUGAGACCCCGAAUUGUGGAGCACAGACUUCAGGACCAGUUGCUCUAUCCUCUGGAUUCUGUUCCCCUCACUCCAACCACAGGCCCUUCCACCAUGGCUCUGUUCAUAGCUCUACAGGGGUCUCCUUCACACUGGGGAUUCUUCAGGAGUGCAUUCUGCAAGAAGUGACAGGAUACACAGCUGCCAACAGUUUGCAUGACCCUGGACACUUCAGGCCUGGUGUCCCAUGCCAUUUCCUCCUUUCAAUAGCCACCUUCCCUUCCAUCUAUGACUUUGACACAGCUGCCCCCUCCCACGGAUUACUGGGGUGCAAGUAGUCAAAGAAGACCCAUUUACCACAAUUCAUUCAGCUUGAGCCCUAAACCCAGGUUGAGGUCUUUCUCUGGGUAGUUGUCAGACCGGUUCUGGGAGGUCCCACGAACACCAUUUUAAGGUCUGCAUGUCCAAGAUGCUUCACUUGUUCCUGCCACUUCAUGACACCCAAAACUGGGAUCUGGCCUCAAGGAAAACAAACAAGCCAAACCAAGUCAGAGGCUGAUCCUGCGUGACAGAGUGAGGACAGGGCAAAUCCCUGGUCCCUGUGACACUCCCUUGUUCCCUCCAACUGUCAGUUGUGAUGGGACAAAGACACAGCUCCAUGAGGCCACUUAGCGGCCUAUGGAACACCCUUCAUCUUAUAGAGAUAUGGACUCAGACCAAACUGAGAUUCAUGGUUCCAAUGCAGAAGAGAAUUUCAGCCCUAGCCAGUAUGAUGCAAAGUUGGAGAUUUUAUUAAACAUAUUGUAAAUAAGCUUUAAGCAUGAGAGAAGUGCUCAAAAUGACUUAACCAAGUGUGGAUGUGUUUUCCAUGGAAGAAUGGGGUGAGGGGAAUAGUGGAUGUGGGAUCUUCAAGGAAGAGUCUCAACUGUUUUAGCAUUAGCUACAUAAAAUACCUUUUUGGGUGGCUCUCAAAUUACAUUUCAAAGGGUUGCUAAGAAACCUAAGAAACCUUUUCCUAACGGCUCCAGACAAGCAUUGGAUGGAAUUAUCAUCUCAUAAGGUAAAACAAAGGCUACUAAAGUGUACAGGUUCAGUACACGUCCUUGCCCUGUAAAUGGAGUAUCUGGUGAGAUUCCUAAAAACAUUGUAGGAAUUACAAUCCUGAGUGCUUGCAAUUAAAGACAUGUGCCACCAGCACCUGGUUUGUACUGGUAUUCUUGCUUAUGCAUGAAAAGAGGGUUCAACCAGGCUCCGGGGUCAGAAGUUCUAUCCCUUUCUCGGGUCCCCGUAAUUUUCAGUGUUCUCUUCUACCUCACAGACCAGCAAAGAUCCUGAACCAAACGCCUUUAAAUCCAGCACUCAGGAGACAGAGGCAGGCAGAUCUCUAUGAGUUCGAGGCCAGCCUGGUUCACAGAGUGAGUGCCAGGACAAGUUCCAAAGAUACAAAGAGAAACCCUGUCUCGAAAAACAAAACAAAACAAAAACCAAGAAAGAUCCUGAACCAAGAUAAGCAGACUUUAGAAUCUGAGCAGUGGGGAAAGAACACAGGCAGGGAAGUACUAGAACACUGUAGAACUGCAGGACUACAAAUAGCCCAAGCCCAUUUAGUCCUGAGACCCUGGGAGGGCCAGGAGGGACGUACCUGUGAGCACCUGUGAGCACCUGUGAGCACGGCACUCUGAAAACUGCGGCAGAGAAUGUGAGUUCAAGGUCAGCUUGGACUACCUGCUGAGUUUGGGCCAGGGAUGGGUCCAGGGUGGAAGAAGAAAGGUAAAGCCACAAAAGCAGCAGCUGUACAAUAAUCAGCAUAAAGCUGUGCACCUGGGGAAUGGUAAAGAGUAGUUCUGGAGUAAUUGUUUUUCUCUGGGUCUCAGUGUGGGCUUGAGGUCAGGGCAGAUGGUGGAGGCCAGGUUGGCAUCAAACCCAAGCUGAGUUCCCAUCCUUGGCCCCAACUUCUCCCAGCUUUUAAAGAUAAAGUCAAAAAAGGUUGCUGGGGGUGGGCCACUGAGAUGACAGAGGGCUGAACGGGGACUAGACUUAAAAGGUCAGGAGGAGAGGGUGGUGAUGGUGGUGGUGGUGGCCUUUAAUCACAGCACUUGGGAG